GGUUGCUCAAAUUGGGGAAUGGCGGUCAACGUGUACUCUACCUCUAUAACCCAAGAGACUAUGAGCAGACAUGACAUCAUUGCAUGGGUUAAUGAUAUAUUAGCUUUAAACUACACAAAAGUCGAGCAACUCUGCUCAGGAGCAGCUUACUGCCAGUUCAUGGACAUGUUGUUCCCAGGGUGCAUUAGUUUGAAGAAAGUAAAGUUUCAAGCAAAGCUGGAGCAUGAAUACAUUCACAACUUCAAACUUCUGCAAGCAUCAUUUAAAAGAAUGAAUGUGGAUAAGGUAAUUCCCGUGGAAAAAUUGGUCAAAGGGCGCUUCCAAGACAACUUAGAUUUCAUUCAGUGGUUUAAGAAGUUCUUUGAUGCUAACUAUGAUGGGAAGGAGUAUGAUCCUGUGGAAGCUCGACAAGGCCAAGACCCUCUUCCCCCACCAGAUCCUGGUGAACAGAUCUUCAACCUGCCCAAAAAGUCUCACCAUGCAAAUUCUCCGACUGCAGGUGCUGCUAAAUCCAGUCCAGCUUCUAAACCAGGAUCAACACCUUCUCGCCCAUCGUCAGCAAAAAAAGCUGCACCAAGCAGCUCAGCAUCCAAAUCGGAUAAAGAUUUGGAAACCCAAGUCAUACAGCUCAGUGAACAGGUACAUUCGUUAAAACUUGCACUUGAAGGCGUAGAGAAGGAAAGGGAUUUCUACUUUGGCAAAUUAAGGGAGAUUGAACUUCUCUGCCAAGAACACGGGGGAGAGAAUAAUGACCUUGUGAAUCGGCUAAUGGAAGUCCUUUAUGCUUCAGAAGAACAUGAGGGCCACACAGAAGAGCAUGAAGGUGAAGAGCAAGUCCAUGAACAGCCCCAGCAGCAGGAGGAGUACUGACUCACCCAGCGGCUCUGACAAUUUUCGUUUUGUGUGAGAACUUUCUUCUGGAGAAUGGAACAUGUGCGGCCUCAAACUUGAAAUCAGUUCACUCCCAGUCUGCCAUUAACAUUUAUGUACCAUAGUGAGUGCCAGCCAACCACUGCAUUCUGUACCCGUACUCUGCCAAGAUGCAUUUGCAGACGUCUUCUUUCAGUGUAUCUUCCCAAGAGGUUGUAGGGCUACAUCACCUCCUGUACAUCACUGCAACUUCACCACUUGGCUGCUUGAGAUUUGUUCUGCUCUUUAAAAAAAUAUAUAUAUUUAUUUUUUUCUUUUUUUUUUUUUUGUCUUAAGUAUGAUACACUUGUAACUUGUUCUAACAUAUUUAUAUUGGCAUUUUGUGUGGCAAGGAGUACCGUACCACUAGCUGUGUCUCUCACUUUGUGGUGCUUUCGCAUUUUCUAGUACAUCUGCCUUGGGGCAUAAAUUCGGUCAAACAAUUGGAAUAAAGGGAUACAGACGAAGUCAUAAUCAAGCCAUAACAAUGAGAUGUGUUGUGGAGGAGAAUGCUUAUGUUGCUCACGUUUAUUCCUUUCCUGCCUUCACGAAAUGCAAGGCAGAGCAUCUGUUUCACUAGCAGAGAUUUAAACCCCUGUGUUAGAAAGCUUGUUAGAAAGCUGCAUGGUAUGUUUUUUGGCUUAUUUCUGGAGGAACAGACAUCCACUUAGGUUUUUUGAAAACCCUCCCAGUUUCCUGACUAGUCAAUAGACAUUUCCCAGCUUUUCUUCCUUCCUGAGGAAUCCAGUCCCAGCCUCCAGCUGCAGCUCUGCCUCCGCACAGCUCAGUGCUGAUGGAGGAGGGAAAUCUCCUUGACGCAAGUGUAGCUGCAGGACGUGAUCUCUGCUGUCAUACUUGGCUUCCCACUCCUCAGAAGAGGACAAAGUAGGCCAGCCAUUUCUUUUCACCAUCCUUCCCAUUCUGCUGCCCCAGCCACACGAGUUGGAAGACAGAAAUUUCCUCACUGGUGUAAAGCAUGGGGAAAGACCAGCAACAGCACUAGCC